CCCCAUUACAAAAUCACUACUAUAAACUACAUUGACGAUAAGAGGCGCACUUGAGGUGAACGGAGGCAACGAAAAGGGUUGUGGGCGGUUGAAGAGACGAUUGUGAAUCUGGAUCUGGAACAAAGAAGUGAGACAAAGAGCCUAGAUCUGGUGUCGGAUCUGCUCAAUGGUUAUACCGAUCCGCCAUUCCCUCUGGUAUACCUUUCUGCCCUUCACAGCAGUCUUGGAGGCGACCUCAAUGCCGUCGGUUGAUAGAGAGAGCCGACGAAUCAUGGGAGAGACUCCUCCAUCGCCAUCGUCGCCGCCUACCUCCUCUAUCGGCAUCUCGUGCUACCCUUCUUCCCCGUCGCCGCCUGCCUCCGUAGCAUUUGCAUGUCUCUGUGAGCGCCCCUUCCUUCCCAUCGCUGCACCGUACACACAGAUGGAUAAGAUGUGAGAGAGGGGAGACGGUUGGUGUUGAAAGAGUGGAAAAUGGAGAGGCGGCCGUGGGUGAAAGGGAAGGUGAGAUGUGCUUUUUAUAUUAGGGUUUAAUAUGAUAUUACUAAAAUAUCCUUCACUUAAUAAAAAAGUCUUUAUUCAGCUGAAAAUAAAUGGAAGCCGAUCUAUGGGUUUAGGACGGUGCUAAAGGGGUAUGGGGUUAGCAUCCCAUCCCGUCUCUUCACCAUUAAACCGUCCCCAAACUUAUGUGUUUCGGUCUCUUCCAAUCAUUUGGAUAGUGAAAAGACACCAAAAAUCAUUAUCUUCCUCCUAUUAACUUCUAAGUAUGCUUUAGUUUCUUGAGUCUAGAAUCUAAAGUGGUGAUAGUUUUAUCUACGAAGAAAUUUUCUGUAACCCAAGGCUUUGUAGAGGGUGGAAAUAUUCUUUUACGGAAAAUGAACGUAGUUCGACUCUAUCAUAAUCAUGGUCACCCGAUCAUGGACUAUCGUACGUGUACCAUCGUCCCAAAAAGUUCCAACAAUCGUAAAUAAUGUUUCCUGGUAUGAUGGCUCGAACCGCUUUUUGCAAGCAACCUGUUUCGGUCUAUGAAAAUUUUGAGAAUUUUUUAUGAUGAGUAUUUCAUUGAUGGUAGUAGAAGAUGUGUUUUCUUCGUACUAGUCUCAUGGUGUAUUCCAUAACCGGAAGGUAAUUUGGAAGAGGGUUGAUUCAAGGACGAGGAAGAAGGAGAAUGUUCCGUAAAAUGGAGAAAUAGAAGGACAAUUGCAUUUGUAUAGGUUACGUACAAAAUGGUUAAUUUUCCUAAUUCUCUAUUUUACAUUGAUGAUAGUGUAAUUUUGUCUAGUGUUUUAUGUUAUUUUAAACCAAAGAGGCAAAAUGCAGAUACAAUAUUUGACGAUUCUGGUAAUAGAGUCGUCAUAUGUUUGUAUGUAGAUGACAUACUUUUCUUUGGGACCAAUCAAAGAUAGUGGACUUACGGAAAAAAAAAUUCAUGUAAAAUUUCCCAUGUGGGACAUGGGGAGGAAAAUGUGAUUGUGUAUUAAAUCAAUCAGAACGAAAAAAAGAUUUCUUCUCUCAAUUUUUCUGCAUUAAUUGAGAAUGUAUUUGAAAAAAUUCCACAGUAGAAAUUGUCGUGAGUUAAAAACCCCAAUGGAUCCAAGUAUGGAACUUAUGAUUAAUACUGUAAACUAGUUCUUACAACUAGAGUAUUUCAUGCCCAAUUGGAUGAUUAAUGAAUGCAUGACUUGCAUGGUGUCUGAUAUCGCAUAUGCGAUAGAACAAUUAAGUUGGUACAUGAUGAAUCCUAGUUCUCAUCAUUUGAAAUGAAAUGAGGCGUGUACUAGGAUAUCUCAAAGGCAUAUUGUAUUGACUUAUAGUGGCUUCCCAUCCAUUUUGGAAGGAUUUGUUGAUGUUAGUUGGAUUUCUCAUGUUAAAGGUAAAACUUCAACAUUGAGAUGAGUCCUCUUGCUUGGAGGAGGUGCCAUAUCUUGGGCAUCUAUAAAGCAAACUUGCACAGUAAGUUUCACUAUGGAGUCAAAGUUUGUGGCCUUGAUUUCUCUUAGAAAAGUGGCAUUAUUAUUGAGAUGCUUGAUUUGUGACAUUUAUUUAUUGCCAAAACCAAUCUCACCUAUUACAAUUCUUAGUGAUAGUAAUGCUACUUUGGCUAAGGCAUAUAGUCAAGUGAAAUGACAAGUAUGGUCAUGUGGGAGUUAGGCACUGUAAAACCUGUGAAUUGAUCAUUCAUGGAGUUGUGUCUACGUAAUGUGAUCAGACUUGAAAUAAUUUAGUUGAUCAUUUGACGAAAUGAUUAACUAGUGACUUGGUGGUCAAGUCUGUGAAAGGGAUGGGUUAAAAGUCCAUAUAAUUUCUAAUAAUGGGACAUCCAAUUCCCCUCUAAUACAACGUUAGAGGAUGA